AUGAAAUUAAAUCCACCAUCAUCAACUAAAAUAGAAGUAACAACAAAAAAUUUAUUAACUAUUCGACAACAACUUAUAAAAGAUUUUCAAACACGAGCAUUUAAAACAAAAAAAAAAUUUUCUCCCAAUUGUAAUACACCUGUACGUGCACUUCGACUUUUAAAUAAACAAAUAAAAGCUUAUCAAGAACGUAUAUCUAAUGUUCGACAAUCAAAAAAAGUGAAUGAUAAUGAUGAAUCAAUAGAUAAUGAUGAAGAAGAAAUGUUAACAAAAAUGAUGUCCAGUCAAAUGUAUUUAACACCAUUAGAUGUAUUAAAAGAUUUAGAAAAAAUUUGGACAAAUGAAAAAGAAGUACUUGCAAUUUAUUUAGCUACUUUACGAUCAUCACAUCAUUCAAUAAGACAUGUUCAUAAUAAUUCAAUAAGUUUAUUCUUUUUUCAAGUUUUAUCAUUUAAUUCACAAAAAUUUGAAAAUCCAAAAACAGUUCGAUAUUCAACAAUUAUUCAAGAUAAUCAAUAUAUGAAAGAAAUUUUAUUAUUAAAAGAUAAACAAACUACAGACAUAUCAACAUCAACUACUCUAAGAUAUUUUUAUUAUUUUUCAAACAAUCGAUCUUCUUUAACUAAUACUUUACGUCGUAUAACAAAUGAAGAAAAACUUAAUAAUCUUUGGGUUAAAAUAGAAAUUACUGUUAAUUCUAUAUUUGAUAGUUCAUUAGAUAAUCGAAGUGGUGCUCGAGUAGCCAAAGGUAUUCGACAAUUGGAAUACCUGACAAUAUUUGGAAAAAAAUUAACUUAUACAGAAUUAGUUACACGAGAUAAUCUUCAUGAAUUACGUCAAUUAAUUCUUAAUCAACCAGAUGUUCAUCCUGGAGGAAAUUUUGUUGAACUUGAAGAUGGAACAAUUCGUCGUUUAUUACCAAAUAAUUUAUUUCAACGAACAGCUGUUGCUAAACUUUAA